AUUCAGUUAUUGUGAUUUUGCGGCCGCGUGAUCGUAGCUGCCGUCAUUAUCAUUUUUGUGGAGGUAUUUUGCUAAGAUUUUUGAGUGAAAAUGGGCGACAUAGCAGCCGGUCUGGAGCCGAACUUGCUCUUCAUAGCCGGGACCACGCUAAUUUCAAUUGUAAUACUGCUCUUCUCUUACAAAAUCAUCUUUGGAAACAAGAAAAAGGAAGCCGUAAAAGAUCAAGCAGAGAGCGAUACAGGAUCUCCUACGGAAGAACAAGUACGGGAAACUGCGACUGAGAACCGUUCCAGCGCGAAGAGCAAGAAACGCGCCCCGUGGAAAAGCAAGACUGAGUUUGCUCAUCCCUGGCUGUUGAAAAAUCUAAAAGGACACCCAGGGACUGUCCUGAUGGUCGACUUUUCGGCGAACGGGAAGUUUAUGGCCGCUACCUGUGAUGAGACCGUCGCGACCGUGGAGGACCCUACCAGCGCCGCAGCACGACGGCGCAAGCCGCGUGAUCGACGACGCCCCCCGCCCUCGCCGCCGUCGCCGUCGCCGCAGAGGCUCUCGACCGAAGAACUAGUGGAAGCACUCCGCCCUCACAUAAUAUCACCAAAGCGUAUGUGGGCUUUGGGGUACCCGCUGGAAUUGGAGCCGAAUUCUUCGAAGGCUGUGGUGUACAUAAACCCACCGCCUCGGCCCCGACCUCCACCGUUGAUGACAUGGGAUGUGAAUGCGCCGGAGUUUGUGCCUGGAGGUUCUCAAAGUGAUAGUGGACGUGGUUCGUGGGGUUCUACUCCACGAUCUGAUAGUGACGAAGAAGCAGACGCCGUCGAACAUUUGUGUGUGCGCUGUGAUAAAAUGUUUAGAAUGACUCGUGAAGGUGAAUACUUGGUGGAGGAGCCGUGUUUGUAUCACUGGGGUCGCGUCAGUAGCGAUAGCCGCUAUGCCUGUUGUAGCUCAUUCGUGGGUUCCAGGGGAUGCGCCACGGCCCGUAAUCAUGUGUGGAGCGGCACUCGCCCCGGUAUGAACGGUCCUCUUGAAGGAUUUGUUCGUGCACGCUCGCCUCGUGGCGGGGUAUACGCCAUCGAUGCAGAGAUGUGUUACACGACGGCAGGACUGGAACUAGCAAGUAUUGCUGUGAUUGCCGCCGAUGGCCGACUUGUAUACAGGUCGCUAGUGAAACCAAGUUCCCCUGUCGUCGAUCACAAUACUCGUUUCUCGGGCAUCAGGCCGCGCGACUUGGCGCGCGCGACUAAGACGCUGCGAGAUGUACAAAAUGACAUACUUGGAUUUGUUGGUACGGAUACCAUCCUAAUCGGUCAUGCUUUGGAUAAUGACCUACGUGCGCUUAAAUUUCUACAUAGCGCUGUUGUCGACACAUGUGUCUUGUAUCCCCAUGCGAGAGGUUUCCCCCUGCGACGGUCUUUGCGUGCUCUCUCGGCGGAACUUCUUGGGCGAUGUGUGCAAAGGGGUAGCACGGGACAUUCACCACUCGAAGACGCCCGUGCUGCUAUGGAUCUAGCGCUUUUGAAAGUGCACCAAGAGAGAGCAAACCGCCCACGCCUUCACCAUCAGCUGCCCAUAUUGCAGCCUUACGAUUUGUUGAUCAGUGCCGCCUAAUUUCAAGUGAUAAGUUGAAACGAUUGUUCUAUGGACAUGAACUUUGAUUGCAUUGAAUAUGAUAAUUAUGGACAAUUAAUAUUGAAUCGUGAUAGAACCGUUACGUUGACGGAGUGCGCGUACUUCACCCAACAGUAUGUGCCUUCGAAUUGCAUCGACGCAAUUAAACGUGAUAUUUUUUUAAAACUUUGUUUUCCUUGCCCACUGAUAGAUGUAAGUAAACUAGUAAACAAAAGAUCUC